AUGACCAGUCUAAUACAUAGCCCCAUUAAUAGGAGGCCAUUACAGAAUGUAGAAGCAAAUAAUAGGUUCUAGAGGAACAAAAACUAUGGAAACAAACACUUCCCUCACUGCCUUGAUCUUGAGAAAAUAACCCUCCUCCCAUGAAGAAAACAUGACAUAGAAAGAAGUAGGGACAAGUUAAAUGUGAGGUUUUCACAAUUGGUAUGCCGGUCGUCACGUAGGCCGCGGAGAGUCGGGCCGCACGCCUGCGCGCUGGGAUGGGUAGGCUCAGAGGGCAUUCCGGAAGCUGGGGCGCGGCGGACUGCGCGGGCGGUGGGACUCCGCUUAGUUUCCGGUGCGGCGAACACCGAAGUCCGGGAACCGAGGCAUUUUCAGGUUUUAGGGUCGUUACGAAGCUGCAGGAGCGAGAUGGAGGUGGACGCACCGGGUGGUGAUGGUCGAGACGGUCCCCGGGAGCGGCGAGGCCAGAGCGAGGCAGGGAGGCAGAGCCUCGCUGUGCGGCCUCAGUCCGGGGCAAACGGGCUGCCUAAACACUCGUACUGGUUGGACCUCUGGCUCUUCAUCCUUUUCGACGCGGUGGUAUUUCUCUUCGUGUAUUUUUUGCCAUGACUCAUUUGGUGAUACCUAUAUUAAGAAGUUCAUUCUUGAGUGAAUUCUGAAAAUGGCUACAAACGUCUUGAAUAAAGAAGACAGGACUCUCAACAGAAGAAUUCCAAAUCUCCAAGGGACCCUUCCUUUCAUUUUAUACUUUGUUACUAAUUUGCAGAACUCUAUUAAAUUGGUAGGAUUUCAUUCAUUCCUCACUAAGUUGUUAAAAUUAAACCCUUUGGUUCAUGUUUAAAAACGUUUGAAACAUCCGAUGGCUUUACAGGGGCUGAAUAGAAAAACAUUUGUACUUAAA